AUGUCCUACGGAGCAAGAGCGUUUGAAAGGUUGCAGGGAAAAACAGUAUUGAUUACUGGUGCUUCGUCUGGAAUUGGCGAAGCUACCACCCGGGAACUUGCAGAGGCUGCAGAAGGAAAUCUUAAAUUCAUUCUAACCGCAAGAAGGAAGGAUAGAUUGGAGAGUUUGAAAACAGAGUUAGAACUGAAGUACCCUUCUAUUAAAGUUGCUGCUGUCCAACUAGAUGUAUCCAAAUUGGGUCAAAUUCAAUCAUUCGUGGAAGAUUUGCCAGAGGAGUUCUCGGACAUUGAUAUUUUGAUAAAUAAUGCUGGAAAAGCCCUCGGGAGGGAGGAAGUUGGUCAUAUUGAUGAGAAUGACAUUAGGGAGAUGUUUGAUACGAAUGUGUUAGCAUUAAUAAUGCUUACACAGAAAGUAUUGGGGGUUUUUAAGGCCAAGAAUUCUGGUGAUAUUGUGAAUUUAGGAUCGAUUGCAGGGAGAGAUCCGUACCCUGGAGGUGGUAUAUACUGCCCUACUAAAGCGGCAGUGAAAUCUUUCUCCCAUGCAUUACGGAAGGAGUUGAUCAAUACCAAAAUCAGGGUUAUUGAAGUUGAUCCAGGAAAUGUUGAAACUGAAUUUUCCAACGUUAGAUUUCGUGGGGAUUUAGAGAAAGCUAAAGCGGUCUACUCAGGAACCGAGCCGUUGGUUGCAAUUGAUAUAGCCGAAAUCAUUGUUUUCGCGCUUACCAGAAAGGAGAAUACUGUUCUUGCUGAAACUUUGGUUUUUUCCACAAACCAAGCUUCGGCAUCCCACCUAUACCGUGAAAACUAG